UCUCACUCAGUGUGUUGUGUACAUAGUACGCCUUGUGGGGCGAUCCCAUCCUUGUGCCAGCUGCAGUCAUUGGCUUGGUACGAUGAUCGGCACCAAAUGAUUCGGUCUGGCAGACGAUACUGUGUGCGUUUGACACGCACUGCCCGUUGUUGCGUGUUUGCGCUCUUCCAAUGUCGUCGUUUCUCCAUUUACCAGAUGCUAUGCGUAACCGCAUCUCUGGCCUUUCUUCGACUUCCGAUACGUACGACAAUCGUGAAAUGUCAUGGUGUACAACCACGAUGACGAGCCUACGUUUGUUCCGAUGUUGUGGUCGGAAACUCAGUGACAUCCCUGUGUUUCGUCUGCCGAAUGUGACCCAUUUGGAGAUCAAGUCCAUGGCCACUUACGACGGUUACGCCGGUCUCGGCGCCACGCUCAGCGAGCUUCGUCAGCUGCGAUCGUUGUCCUUGAUGUGCAUUACCCUGGACCAGACCAAUGUCUUCUCAGAAGUCGCAUCUGCCAUGCCGCUUCUACCAAAUCUCAGCGCCCUCGCUCUUCAGCAUGUGGUUACGACACAGAGACUUCCGCCAUCCACAGUUGCCCUGUUGUGCGAGGCACUCCGGGGCUGUGUCAGUCUUCGCAGGGUGUACUGGGAUCACGCUCUAUCCCGGGUCAAUCUCCCGACAUACAUGGAAACGAUAGCAACGCAUAGAGACCUUGAGGCCUUCCACUUAGUGGUACGAGAUGAACGGAUGUGUGGGUCGCUCCUCCGGUACAUCUGCCGGCAUCUUCCCCCGCGGCUCUCCGUCCUGUCGCUCUCGAGUAUGAAAAAGGGGUGCUACGAUGGCCCUUCGGCCUUCGGCUUUCUGUGGGCACACUUUACAGACCUGAGUUUUCUAAACGUGCGGAUCCGUGGAGGCCCGGCGGUGACGGUGCGGGAUGUGAUACGAGGUGCACGACGCGUGCAGCUCGUGGGCUAUGACUGGCAAUUUCGCGAGGUCAUACACCGAGACGGUGAACCCGUCUUGUUGCCCGCUUGGCCCACUCGCAUGGUCGAACUCUGCGAGAUUAAAGAUUUUGGCUGCGAGAGCUGGAACUGGCUCAUGCGGCACCUCGUCCUUUGACAUACGAUAUGCAGGCAGCGCGACGCAUCCUGCUAGGUCCAAAUUGUACGUAUUUGGUACAGCGACCGUGAACGUAUGCUCUUCACGUUGAAACGUUGACGUCCGUUCGGUUAAUCACUCCCGCUAUGGCUCUUGAGUAUUCUGUUUCGUGCUUGCAGGACGCUUAGGACUCCGGCGAUGUCUUCGCAGUAGACCCCAUGGCUUGAUCUCGUUCGUCUCAUACUAGCUGUUCAACCCUGCCCUUGUCGCGUAGAUGCUACUACUGCCAAUGAACUAGCUUCGAAG